AUGCAUGAACUGAAAGUUAUUGAGGGUCAAGAUAUUUUGGUCACGUGUUCUUACACCGCGGGAAAUCCGCCAUCUACAACAGUGUAUUGGACCAAGCAGAAUUCAUACUUCAGACAAUAUCAACAAAAUCUAACUAUAACAAACGUUUCGAGGAGUGAUUCGGGUACAUAUGUGUGUUUUGCAGAGAACACUUACAGUAGCGGAAGGAAAGGAACCUCCAAUAACACAUUGCAGCUAGAUGUACAGUAUGGACCUACUGUUAAUGGACAGACAGUGAUGGUCUCUGAGGGACAACAGGCCAGAAUGUCUGUCACGGUGACCAGUAACCCGGCCUCAAACGUGUCCUGGUUCAGGGAUAGUAAUUUACUCUAUACCCAGCGGUUCGUCAAUAAAGUUUCGACUUACAGCAUAUCCAGGACCCAGUGCAACGAUACCGGGAGGUUCAGGGUAAUAGCCAGCAACGGAAUCCGGAACAAUUACUCAACACAUGUACUUCUUUAUGUUUACUGUUCGCCCCGUUUAAAUCCUUUAGGGAAUUCAGUUGACAUUCCAGUAGGAAAUAACAAAUCCUUGGACGGUGACGUCACCAUCUUAUCGUAUCCACAGCCUAACUACAAGUUGACACUUCCAAAUGGUGCUCCGAAUACUCACAUUGGUCUCAGUAUAUCCACCAAUACAACGAAUAUCUUUCGCAUCACACUGCGCAGGUCAAAUAUUCAACCAGAGGAUUAUGGGUUAUACAAAUUAGCUGUCUCAAACGGAUAUGGAACAUCAACAGUAGACAUCAGAAUUUUUCCUAGAAGUAGACCUUUAAAGGCAGAUCAAGUACUUGCUUUUUGUGGAAGCAGAAAAGCUCACGUAACUUGGCAAUCCUCUUACUUUGGUUACGAGGAUCAAAAGUCAUUUGUUCAAUACUCGACAAAUCUUAACAGUGUAGUCUAUUCCAACGAUUCGGGCAUUACUUCUGAACGAAUUAAACAAGAACUUUUACAUGUCACAGUUUCCAGUCUACAAGACAGUGCAAAUUACUUCUUCAAAGUGGUCACAAUUAAUAGAUACGGGUUCUCUCUGUCAUCGGUUGUCAACUGCACCACGGAUACUUCAAAAGAAGAUACGUCGACCGCACACGUCACUGUUGGAGCUGUUUUAGGAAUCCUGCUGGCUCUGAGCAUCACAGCAUUGGCCUUUAUGUGUUAUAAAUACUUGAAAGAGAGCAAGGCCAAGAAAGGGAGAUCAGGGCCAUAUGAUGCAAUUGAAAAAGGAAAAACUGAUGACACCAACCCGUAUGAAAAAUACCAAUACAGAGAGACUGAAAACCAUGAAUUGUCAAUGAAGAAUUUGUACUCUCCAGAACCUAAACAAAAAGAUCAAGUCAUAGAAAGGCUUUAUGAAAAUACAGAUCCAAUCAAGUCCCCGAAAGACAAAAUAAAACCUAAGAUAAAACCAAAGCCCCAUAAGAUACCGAAACCGAUAUCUUAA